AUGCAAGGGCGAACAAAUUGCUCAAGCGUCAAAUGGCUAAAACAUUGGCUAUUAAGUGAAGAAUGUUCUUCUGUUCGCAAUCUAGUGGUUAGUACAGGAUUAGCGCCUGGAAUUCUGCAUUCCCAAUCGGAGUAUGAUAGUGUUGUGGUCUCUACAUUCAGGGAACGAUAUUGGCUUGAAACCGAUACGUUUCAUCUCCCAUUUGGAGAGAUGACAAUAACACCGGACGAUGUGAAGCAAAUUCUUGACCUAGAAGUUAAAGGAAAGUCUGUGGCUGAAGGUUUCAACAACAACAUGUCUUGGACUGACCUUUACAUCCUUUUUCAAGAAACACUUGGGUGGGAGAAAGACAAAACCGAGAUGGAGUUUCGGUUGGUUGCUAGUUAUGACCCAAGUGAACCACAUAAGCAACCUAUCAUCAUAAAACUAUUGUUGAAGAAUCUGAAGACAAAGUUUGGAGGAACGCUCGUAAAGGAAAUGGCAGGUGAGAUGAUGGAUAAAACAAGAGUUAGGCGUAUAGCCACAUCGUAUUUGGUGUAUUCUCUUGGGACCGUAUUCUUGCCCGAUAACUCGGGAAAUAGGGUGAAUAUUCAUUAUCUACAAUUGUUGAAGAAUUUGGACAACAUCAAAAAUUAUUCGUGGGCCACUGCCACCCUUGCAUAUUUACCUGACAGCCUAAGAAAUGCCUCGAGGGUUGGAGCUACUGAAAUUGCUGGGAAUGUCGCGCUUCUAAUGGUAAGUUUGGUUACAUAA